AUGGUCCCUCCGCUCGUGACGCUGCUGUUAGCUGAGCCUGAGAUCCAGUACGUGGCUCGGCGUAUUAUCAACCUGAUUGUGCAGAAACGCUUAGCAAUCUUGACGAACGAGAUGAAGGUGUUCUUCUGCAAGUACAACGAUCCGAUCUAUGUAAAAGAAUGGAGAAGCUGGAAAGCAUCAUCCGUCUUGUCACGGAGCGCAACAUUGAACAGGUGCUGCUUGCGUUUAAGGAAAUACGCCACUGAGGUGGAAUGUGUACGCUGUUCGACCAAGGUCAACUACGUCAUGCAGGAGGCUAUCGUUGUGAUUAAGGAUACUUUUCGCAAGUAUAUAAACCAGUACGAAAGCAUAAUUGCUAUCCUAUGCGAAAACCUGCAUACACGAACGAGCCCGAGGCGAAGGUAUAUAAUGAUUUGGAUUAUUGGCAAGUAUGCUGAGCGUAUCGGCAGUGCAGACGGCUCUUGGAAUCCUUAUGGACUUUUCGACGAUACGACUGCCCAGGUGCAGCUGUAG